UGAUUCUAUAAUUUCCCUUAUAAUCUGACUGAAGUUAACAAAUCAAAGGACGUAAUUUGUGCUCUAUUACUCCUAACUCAUAUUAUGCACAAAUCAUUCCGAUAAAUAGAUUAGAAAAGGGGGUCUUCACCCUCUACUAUAAAUUGUUGGUUAACAAUAAAGCUAGCUGAAAAGUCAAAGAAUUGAAAGAUGAGAGCCAUGGAUUCUAGGGUUUUGGUUUUGAUGAGCAUGCUUGUUCUUGCUCUAGCUAAAGAAUAUCCAUACGGGCUUGAAUAUCCAGUAUUUGAUGAUGAGUUUCAGAAUAAUGUCAAUAACCAGUUUCAGUUUAACUAUGAUAUUCCCACAACCCCAUUCCCAAAAUCUCCCCCUCCUUCUCCACUUAUCAUUUCUCCCUUGGCUUCCUCUCCCUCUCCUAUGACGUCUCCUCCGAUUCCUAGCAGCUCCCCCUCACCCAUCAUUUCUCCCUCGGCUUCCUCUCCCUCUCCUAUGACGUCUCCUCCGAUUCCUAGCAGCUCCCCCUCACCCUCCGCCUCACAACAGAACUCCUGCCGACGACCAAAACUACGGAGUGGUAUCAUGCAAUGUAGUAAAAAAUGUGUUAAUGCAUGUUCACCCUCCAAAAGCAUUCUUCCUCCUCUUGUUGCCCCUCCUAUGUUGUACCCUUCUUGCUUGACCGGCUGUGUUUCUCAUUGCACUCGGGCCACUCAGCUUCCAGAGACACCCCUUGUCCCCACUAGUGAAGUCGUUGAUGGUUGCACUCGUUACUGUGCCACCUCCAUUGUUGCCAAAUUCAUCGCCGCUAAGCCUGAUGAACGACCACAUCGCGUUAAUGUUCAAGACGACGUGCCUAAGUGCUUUGAGAUCUGCUUUUACAAGAAGAUGUAUAAUUAA